GUCACGCUCGUAAGGACGAUAGCAUGUAGCUGAUAUUAUUCCACCGCAUAAUCACAGUUUCGCCACGGUACGACCAGCAGAUAUGUCUGUAGAUACAUCGCCAACGCCAACUGGCAGCGCGCAACCAACUGCUAGAAGGGGGAAUUACAAAGAGAAACGACAAAAUGCGGGGAAUGUGUUGAGAAAAAACUCAAAGAUGGAAACUGACGAGUUUAUGGCCGCUGCUAUCGGAGAUACAGCAUGGCUGAAGCAGAGUCUACGAGACGGGCGAGACGCUACAAAGUUCGACAAAAAUGGCCUUGCAGCGAUUCAUUUAGCAGCAUUACACGGUCGUCUGGAUACCUUGCAGAUGUUAGUUGAGAGAUAUAACGUGGAUGUCAAUCUAUCUAGCAAUACUGGCUGGAGACCGAUACAUUUAGCAAUCAACAAUAGAAAUGGUAAAAGGGCUUUACAGUGUGUGGAGUAUCUUCUGGCAAAAGAAGCUGAUCCAUCAGUUUUCAAUGAUGAUGAUCUCACUCCUGCUCACCAGGCUGCUAUUGAGGGCACAGUGAAAUGCUUGGAGGCUGUAAUCAACGCUGGUGGAUUGAUUGACACUAAAGAUGUCAAGGGUCAUUUGCCGGUAGACUAUGCUAAGCUAUGGGGUAACAGAGAGUGUGCCAGGAUUUUGACAACAGAAAUGUGGAAGCAGGAUAAAGAGCAAGAAUUAUUUGAAAUGCAAAAACUGAUGGAUAUGAAGAGAGACUAUGAUGAUGAAAUGGAAGAAAUCAAUGCAGCUGAUAUGGUUAAGCGACGCUAUGAGGCUGAUCAAGCGUUUGAAGACUGGUUGGGAAAGAAACAACUCUCUCCACCUCCAAGCAAAUCGAACAAAAAAAAGAAAGACAAAACCUCAAAAAAAGAUAAAAGUGAUGGAAAAACUAAAGAAAAAUUAUAUCAGCCAAAUAGUGUUGUGAAACAAGAUGGGUUUAGCCAGCGGCAGUCAAUGGAUGGUGCUUAUGGACGUACAGCUCAGCCAGUGGGGAGAGAACCCUCAGUCAAGGCUAUCACAGAUGGGAAAUACAUUCCAAAUGAAGCACAUGCAGUAAGAAGUAAAAGUAAACCACAACAGCUUUUACCGAUCCAAGAAAAGCCGCAACAUGUACGAAAAUCAUCAGCAGGAACCAAUUACAGUGAUGAUUCCUUACCAAGAUUGCCCAAUGAAGUGAUAGAGCGGGUGUUGUCAGGAAAGAAAAAUCCCCAUGACAGGCCGCUUGUUUUCCAAUGCAAGAAUAUUAUCGAUGUGCAACAAAAAAAGUUUUUACCCAUGGAGAAGCGCCCUCAGAGUGAAGUCUAUAUGCACUUGUCACACGAUAUCACUUCCCCUCUCUAUCCUAGCAAUGCUCACAUCCUGCUUGCUUCACGUAGAAGCAGCAGCAGCAGCAGCAGUGCCAGUAGCAGCAAAAAGCAAACCCGAGGUGAUUCUGCACCAUCUUUACGAGGCUAUGACAGAGAGAGGGUUUUAAAAACGAUCGGCUUGUCCAGUAAAUCUAAUCAUCGGUACCCAAACAUUAAGGGGCAGGAAUACACAUUUAGCUUUAAGAUAAAAUAA